CUCUAGCUUCUCCCUAAUCACCAAUCUAGUACAACUCUCUCUCUCUCUCUCUGAAACAAGAAUCCAUAUGGAAAUCAUGAAUCUAUUUAUCCCUCUAGCAACCUCUAUGAUCAUCCUAGCCUCCCUAAGCCCAUACACAGCGGCGCAGUCGAACACGAACACGAACACGAAUGCCAUAUGCACGGGGCCGAUGCUGCGAAGCUUCGGGUCUUGCUUAGGCUUCCUGGCUGGUGGGUCAGGCGGUUCGUCAUCACCGACUUCAGCCUGCUGCAACUCAUUGAGAGACCUCAUGAGAAACGGCCAAGAUUGCUUGUGCCUCAUCGUUACCGGAGGUGUACCUUUCGAAAUUCCCAUCAAUCGAUCUUUGGCUAUCUCCCUUCCUAAAGCAUGCAAGCAAUCCGGUGUCCCAAUUGAAUGCAAAGCCACGGCUAGCCCUGUUCCAGCUCCAGAACCAAGGAAUUCAAACCCCGGUGCACCAAAUACAAAUCCUGGAUUAUCUCCUCCCUCAAUUCCUCAAGUUCCGUUUAUUCCUCAGCCCUUGACACCACCUUCUUCCGGCGGGAGCGGUGGCGGUACUGGUGACGGUGACGAUGGCAUGACGCAGCCUGAGACGCCGCAAGGUGACCUAGUCCCGACGCUUACGCCGCCGGAAAUGCGGCCGACAUUGUCGGCUGCACAGCCAGCUUCGAGUGUUAUUCCAUCUAUUCUUGGAGUGACGAUGGGCGUCUUUCUUGUCUUCUUUCAUUGAUAGUACUAUGUAAUUUUUGUGGAUUUUUUUAGAGAUAAUUGAUUCAUCAUUUGUAGAAUAUUUUCUUUAAUAUAC